CAUAGCGGUGCAGCCAACAUGACCCUUCUCUUUGAGGGACAAGAGAACCAUCUAGUGCCUUCUACUUCUCAGAUUUUGGCAGACAGUGACUUAUUUGUGGUAGCAGGCAGAAUGAUUGGGCAUUCAUUUUUGAACGAUGGGCCACGAUUGCAUGGCCUCAGCAAGGCUAUUAUUCACAUGUUGGUCCAUGCUGAUAGAGACACUGUCACUGUCCAGCUCGAUGAUGUGCCAGAUCUAGAUAUUCGUUCUACAAUUUGCAUGCUUGAUGGUAAUAAACACCUCACUGAGCAGCAGAAGGAUGACAUUAACAAUUUGGCCAUUUCCUGGGACUUGCCACCCGUCAGUGCAGAAAACCGCAGAUGGCUGUUCCAACAGCUUCUCCAUCAUGCAGUGAUAGGCCGAACUAAAAGGCAGACAAAACACAUCAGAAAAGGCCUGAAGGACACCGGAUUGUUGACUAUGCUUCAACAAAGACCUGACACAGCCUCAGUGGUCUUUCCCCAGCAUGAAGACAGCAUUCUUACUGCACAGGCUGUUCUUAGCCACAUUGUUUGGCCAGGAGAUGAGGGCGAUGAUGAAGACGAUGAUGAUCCACCUUACCCACUAAGCAUCCAAAUGCAAACAGUGGGAUUUCUGAAGACCUACAUUGAAACAGCCACUCCAUUCCAGCUCAGCCAGCUGAUGAGGUUUUGGGUUGGAUGGGAAAUUCCGACUGGUACCAUGAAGGUUGAAGUGGUCAAAGCACACUACCUCAUAUCCUCUACAUGUUUUGGAACGUUGCGUGUGCCUGGGCACUUCCACGAGUACAAUGUCUUUUCCAAACAUGUUGAUGAUUGCAUUGCAACUUGUGCCACAGGUUUCGGCCUUAUUUAA